AAGGUUUGGCCAGACUCCCGUCUCACUGCAGGAUAAAAGCAUGAGGAGCAGCCUGGAGGCUCUGUUCUCCUCCUGCAGGAGCUCCAUGCUGCUAGGCCUCUAACUGCCCAUCUCCUGCCCGAGGAACAGCGUCGGAUCCGGACAAAGGCUGAAGGAAGGGAAGGAGGCUGAGCGGCUCUCCUGCGUUAUGUUGGGCAACAGAAAGAAGGCAGCCCCGGGGGGGAGGAACGGAGCCGGGACGUCCGAGGCUAAGGCCAUCGACCCGCUGAGGAACCUGGGAGUGCAGGAAGAUGAAGAUGUGAAGCGGAUGAUGCAGGGCUCCAGCAUGAUAAAGGUCCGCUCGCCUCGCUGGCAGAAGCGUCGCACUCUGAAGCUGCUGGAGGACGGGGUCACUAUCUGGUGUCAGUCCCGUAAGACCACCAGCUGGGCCAAGGAGCAGCAGUCCUUCUCUGUGAUGGAGGUGGAGUGUGUUCGUGAGGGUGUCCAGUCAGAGACACUGCGGCAGAUGCUGGACUCAGGACAGGAGCAGCGGUGUUUGACGGUGGUCUUCAAGGGUCCCCGCAAAAGUCUGGAUCUGCUCUGCCAGAGCGUGGAGGAGGCCCAGCACUGGGCCCGCGGCAUGAGGACCCUGCAAGAGAGGGUGGAGAACAUGACCCAGAAGGAGAAGCUCAACCACUGGAUUCAUGCUUACCUGAGUCGGGCCGACCACAACCACGAUGAUAAGAUGAGCUAUGAGGAAGUCCAGACACUGCUACAGAUGAUCAACAUCGACCUGAGCGACCAGUAUGCCCGCACUCUCUUCCAGAAGUGUGACCAGUCAGCGGACGGCCGUCUGGACCACGAGGAGAUCGAGGUGUUCUGCAGGGAGUUGUUGCGGAGGCCAGAGCUGGAUGCUGUGUUUAUCCGAUACUCUGCAAACGGCUGCGUACUCUCCACUGUGGACCUGAGGGAUUUCCUGAAGGACCAGGGAGAAGACGCUUCAGUCACCCACGCCCAGAGCCUCAUCCUCACCUAUGAACUUAAUGCGUGGGCCCAGAAGAACCAGUUCAUGACUCCUAAUGGUUUCACCAUGUACAUGCUAUCCAAGGAGAACUGUGUGUUUGACCCUGAACAUGCCAGAGUUUACCAAGACAUGAGUCGGCCUCUGGCUCACUACUUCAUCUCCUCCUCCCACAACACCUACCUCACCAAGGACCAGCUGACCGGGGACAGCAGCACAGAGCCAUACAUCCGUGCCCUGAAACAUGGCUGCCGCUGUGUGGAGCUGGACUGCUGGGAUGGAGAUAAAGGAGAGCCAGUCAUCUACCAUGGACACACUCUCACCUCCAAAGUGCCCUUUGUCGAGGUCAUUCAGACCAUCAAUGACUAUGCUUUCAAAGCGUCCCCCUACCCUCUGAUCCUCUCCCUGGAGAACCACUGCUCCGUGGAGCAGCAGGCGGUGAUGGCCCGACACCUGAGAACCAUCCUGGGGGACAAACUGCUCACCAAGCCCCCCGAUGGUUUGGACCCUCACAAGAUGCCUUCUCCAGAGGAUCUUAAGGGUAAAAUCCUGGUGAAGGGGAAGAAGGAGCAGGUGGUGGGGGGGUGCUCGUCCAGCUCCUCAGACCUCAGCUGCUCAGACGAGGAGGCCAAACCCAGCAGCAAGAAGGAGGAGAAGAAGCCAGCAGUGUGUAAGCUGAGUCCUGAGCUGUCCGACCUGGUGGUGUACACCCGCAGUGUUCCCUUCAGGAGCUUCGAGCAGGCCACCAGAGGCCCAGCCACCGACAUGUCCUCCUUCUCUGAGAGUGAAGCGCUGCGGCACGCAAAGGACUCAGGGAUGUACUUUGUGCGUCACAACAGCCACCAGCUCAGCAGGAUUUACCCAUCAGGCCAGCGCCUCCAGUCCUCCAACUACAACCCUCAGGAGAUGUGGAACGCAGGCUGUCAAAUUGUUGCUUUGAAUUUUCAGACCCCAGGUGAGCAGAUGGACUUGAAUCGGGGCCGCUUCCUGCAGAACAGUCAGUGUGGGUACAUGUUGAAGCCCCCCUUCAUGUGCCAGCCGGACACCAAAUUCAACCCGGAGAACGUUGGGGGGGGUCCAGGCCACAGACCUGUGCUGCUCACUUUCCGGGUCAUCUCGGCUCAGCAGCUGCCUAAACCAGACUGGGACAAACCCACCUCCAUCGUGGACCCUCAUGUGUGGGUGGAGGUUCAUGGUGUUCCCAUCGACAUCAACAAGAAGAAAACGCCUCAUGUGGACAACAAUGGUUUUAACCCCCGCUGGGACUGCACCUUCAACUUCACCGUCCACGCUCCUGACCUGGCUCUGGUCCGCUUCCUGGUGGAGGACCAUGACUACACCUCCAGCAACGACUUCCUGGGACAAUACACCCUGCCUUUCUCCAGUCUGCGUACAGGGUAUCGUCACGUCAGGCUGCGCAAAGUGGACGGCUCCAGCCUCUCGCCCUCCUCCCUCUUCGUCCAUCUGAAGGUGACCCCCUGUGAGAGCAGCCCCUCCAAAGCAUCAGCCAAGAGACCCUAACCUGGUCUCUGCCAUGGAGCGGCAUGAAGCAGGAAGCCUGGACCCAUCUACCAGGACCCAGACCAAAGAAACGUUGAGGUCCUGACUCUUUUAAACUCACGAAAAAAGAGAAUUGUGUCUCUUCAAACCCCUUUUCAAUGACAACCGUCUGGGAGGAGGAGUCUAAUCUGCUGCCUCCUCACCAAAGUUUGGUACUAGAUUUUGUCCCUACAUACGACUCCGAGCUAACCUCAAACUUGUUAAGUCUCGUGCUUUCUGAAGGAACAACUUAUUUUUAACUUCUUGUAUCUUAUUUAAGUAUUUUUUAAAUCAAAAUAGUCUAGAAAUGCCUGCUGUUAGUGACUCAAGAAUGACUGAAUUAUGAAGUCAUUUUCUACAAACAGUCCUCGGCUGUGACAUGUAGCAUGUGUUAUAUUCAAUGCACCUGUGGAAUCCAGGUUAUAAUCUGCUGUCUACAGGCACUACAGUAACCUGUUCACUGUAAAUCUGUAUACAUUCAUCAAGAAGACCGCAUCCUAAUACAGCUGAUACUGGGUUCCAAUGUGAAAACGUACCCUAUACUGUAUGGCAAAAUAUUUACUGAAUCAGGGUCAUUUGUUUGAAGAUGUUACUGUAGAUCUCCAUGAUGAAUAACAGUUCCUGCCUGUCUGACACGUGCUGUACAAAUGAAGUUUUAAUCCCAUCCCAGUACUUUUAUAAUGUUGUGUUAAAGGGAAAACAUAUUUUUACGGCAUAACUUUUUUGUGAAAUGUUUGAUUCACAGUGACUGUAUUUUAGCUCCACACAAUCUACAUCUGUUGUUAUCAGUGAAUGACCAAACUAUAUUAUUAAGUAGAAUAUAGAGUUGUUAUAUUAUAGAAUCUGCUCGGUUAUGCAAUAGCGAAAUUAUGAUGUGCACUAGAUAGUGCGUUAGAUGAUAUAUAUAUGUAGAUGCUUCAUAGUUGCAAGAGUUGUCUUUGUUUACUCUGUGUUUAG